AUGGGUAGGCUGGUACGUCAAGGGAGCGGGAUGCUCUGCUCUGGGGUGGCACCGGCGACGACCGGAGUCGAGGUUGGAACUGCGCCACCCGUGCGAGUUGGCAGCGUGUCGGCGCAGUCGCCCAGGGCUAGAGUGUUGUCAACGCUUUUCAUUCCGCUGACUGGUUUAGGAUUGUUGAAGGUUUCAAGUUUCACAUGGGUACAGCUGAGAAAGGCUUGCGACGCCGUCGAGCACAGGACGCUUGGUUGCGCCUCCCGCGCUUCACUCUGUGGUCGGCUCGUUCCUGAACCAGCACGUCCACCGGCUUCGCAGGCAGCCCAGCCACCGAAACGGCAGCGCCCGAGGCGCACAACUACAGGCUUGCAAUGCACCACGUCGCGGAAGCCGCGGCGAGGCUUUGCUACUAACUUGGUGCGUUUUGUUCAGCACCGUAUUCUUGAGCGUGACUGGGUCGAGACACUGUGGAAGGUGGCACAGCGGAACUGGUGGUCAAGUGCCUUCAACUCGAACACAUCGAUGCCGGGGCGCUCGCUUGCUCAGAAUUCUACAGAUUCGAGGUCGUUACCAGUGACAAUGACGCCAUCACAGGUGCCGUCGAAACCAAUGCUGGCGUCGUCGACGACCUCGUUGGGACGAACCCGGACCCAAAUCCGCAUGGUGCCGUUUCUUCAGCGAGCUUUGCCGUGGGCACGCCACGUUCAUGUUCGAUCGAGGAGGACCAGUGAUCUCUUGAACCGCAUAGAACAGCGGCUGCGAACAAUGCCGUUGCGCACGGUGCGCGUGGAUCACGAUCCCUCGGUGGCGGCCCCGAAUGCCGCUGUGCUCGUCUUACUCUGUCGCGGGCCCGAGGCGGCUGAGACUGACUCCUGCGUCCAAGUUGCUUUCGUGCUCACAGAGAGAUCGAAGCUCGUUCGGAUCCACCGGGGCGAAAUCUCCUGCCCUGGCGGGAAAGUACGCGCUGGGGAUUGCUCUCUUCUGGAAACCGCCUUGCGAGAGACUCAAGAGGAGAUCGGACUUGAUCCUAGUUUUAUACGCAUACUGGGAAAGUUUCAUGAGUAUCGGCCGCUUCUGCGCUCAUCUAAUUUUAGAGUUUUGUCAUUCAUCGGAUACUUGGACGAUCGUGUCAAUCCAAGCCAACUCGCGUUGAACCGGGCUGAGGUUCAAAGCCUGCUUGUGGUGCCGCGCGGUGUUCUCGAGGCGUGCCGCUCCGAAUCAGGUAACUGUACUUGGGAGGACACGACCCUGGGAACGGAUCUCGUGAAUGAAGCCAGUCAUGCAGGCGCAAACACAACCUCGGAGAUCGUUGGUACAACAGCGCGAGACUCCCCAGAAGAGACGGGGCAACGUCAAGCGCCCUUAGAACAGUUCUCGACCGAGGCCGCCCCCGCACCGAUGUUUUGUCUACCACGAGAGCUCAGCAGCGGGAAAAUUGUCUGGGGAAUGACUGCUCGGAUCAUCUACGAUGUGCUUGCGCUGAUCCGAGAGUGCGAGCACUAG